GCAAUAGUUUAGCCCUCUACUUCCAGAGGACUACUUUACUACGAUAAAAAUGAAUAUAGCGUUCUCGGUCGUAUUACUUAUCUUAGUUCUAGCAACUCUGGAUGUCUCUCAAAGCCUGGAUCCCCAGGAUGACGUAAGCAGAGACACACGGGCGUGGAGACCACCAGAGCUGACCAUCCUGUCCAAGUACUGGAAAUCUUAUGCCAGACUGAGGGCUCAAGCUCUGGACAGGUGUGAGAGGCGGUUGUUUUUGUACGGGAGUAGGAGGAAGAUGGCGCAGGACGCUUCGGUCAAUGUAGCGAGAAGAAACACGGCCAUUGAACAGGCUGAUAUCAAAAGUGGCCAGGAAGAAGUAUCGGCAUCGGAGGCCUCACUAACAGCUUGCGUGCUCCAGAUUGUUGAGUUACAAUCUAACGAUCCCUUCUAUAAGGACUAUCAGCUGUUGAUCUCAGAGGUCUCACGCUUGAGUGACCAGGUGACGUCAUGUAUAGAAGCUGGCGGGAGCGUGGCACUCACCGUGAAACGUGACAGUGUUCGGCAGGUGGAUGAACAGGUUGGGUACGAUUCCUCCCCACAAAUGCUGCGAGUCUAUGAGAACUUAAAGAAGAAGAAAGACAUGAAAGUCGCUGAGAAAACUGAAUGCUUUGCAUCUUUAGGCAUACAAAAGAACUUCCCUUACCAGCUGGAGUAAUCUACAUGAAGUGAUACUGACAACUCUGGUGUCUUCUAUCAUCUUGAUGACGUCGACAUCUAUCUAUUGGACCAAGUUAAUUAGACGGCAAUUAUAUAAUUUACACAAAUAA